AUGGACUCUCCUCGAAACUCGGGUCUCGACAACGGCAAAGCACCCACCCCGCCCGUCGGUUUCCGCCCUCAAAAUGGCGGCGUCAUCAAAGUGCAGCCACCGCGGCGCGAAGAUUUGCAGCCAUCAUACGCUCAAAUCCUCCAAGGCGACACUGAUGUAGAAACCCACGGCUGGUACGGGUCAAUGAUCAACUCUCUCGGCAGCUGCAUUGGUUUCAUGGGUGCCAUCCCUUGCUGUAUCAUCUGCCCCAAUCCCUACAAACCAGUGUCGCAAGGCAAUGUGGGCUUGGUCACCAAGUUCGGUCGUUUCUACCGCGCGGUCGAUCCCGGUCUGGUCAAGAUCAACCCUCUUUCGGAACGCCUCAUUCAGGUUGAUGUCAAAAUUCAGAUUGUCGAAGUGCCGCGUCAAGUGUGUAUGACAAAGGACAAUGUCACCCUCAAUCUGACCUCGGUCAUCUAUUAUCACAUCACAUCUCCUCAUAAGGCGGCAUUUGGUAUUUCCAACAUCCGUCAGGCAUUGGUGGAGCGUACUCAAACCACACUGCGCCACGUCGUGGGUGCCCGUGUUCUCCAAGAUGUCAUUGAGCGUCGUGAAGAGAUUGCCCAAUCCAUUGGAGAGAUUAUCGAGGACGUGGCCUCAGGCUGGGGUGUUCAGGUCGAGUCCAUGUUGAUCAAAGACAUCAUCUUCAGCAACGACUUGCAAGACUCCCUGUCCAUGGCCGCUCAGUCCAAGCGGAUUGGUGAAUCCAAGGUUAUUGCGGCUCGCGCCGAAGUUGAGUCUGCCAAACUCAUGAGACAGGCCGCCGAUAUCUUGAGCUCAGCGCCUGCCAUGCAAAUCCGAUAUCUCGAAGCCAUGCAGGCGAUGGCCAAGACGGCCAACAGCAAGGUCAUUUUCCUUCCUGCCACCAACCAGACAAUGCCUACCAACAUGGCCGACUUGAUGCAACAGCAACACACGGGGGGUGAAGGCAGCUCGAAGCACAACCCGGGCAAUGCCUUCCACGUGGACAGCAAUGAUGGAUUCCAGCAGGCGAUGAAUGCAAGAGUCAUCGAGAACAUCUGA